AUGACCACAUUAGCUGAUUUACACAGAUUACGAGAAGCUCAUGCAACGGGAAAUGCAAACAAAGAUGGUACUCUAGACGAAGUAGACAAGACUGCUCAAGAAGCAAUUCAUCAAUUAGAACUACGUAAAAAGGCUCGUUUAAUUCAAGUAUCUUCAGAAGAUUCUGAAGUAAGAGCAUAUCUUCGCCAACUUGGUGAACCUGUGUGUUUAUUUGGUGAAGAUGGUGCUGAUCGACGUGAACGUUUACGUAUGAUUCUUGCUGUGAGCGGUGGUCCAGCUCAACGACCACCUUUACCUGAUACAACAAACUCGUCUACUGGAACAUCUGGUAGUGGUACACAGUUGAAUCGAUUAGGUGAAAGUAUUCCUAGUGAAGCUGUCGGCGAUGAUUCAACAGUUUGGUAUCACCAAGGUCCUGCAGGUCUUGCAGAAGCACGUCUAUGGAUAACUGAAUUCUCAUUGACUCGAGCUAAAGUACGCUUGGACAGAGCGAAAAAUUAUUUCACCAAUGCUCCUGCUUCUCAACGUAAAGCUAAGCUACAAGAAUAUCAUAAACUUCUACGAAAUACAAAUUUAAUGUGUAGUCAAGUUGGAGAUGUUCGACCGUUAAGUAUGUGUCGUUUUUCACCGAAUGGUAAACAAUUGGCCACAUCAUCUUGGAGUGGUUUAUGUCGUUUAUGGUCUAUGCCAGAUUGUAAUUUAAUGAUGAAUUUACGUGGACAUACUGCACCUGCAUGUUCUAUUGCUUGGCAUCCUCAAGCUGGUCUACAAGCGGAACAACAACUUGCACUAGCCAGUUCAGCUCAAGAUGGUAGUGUUAAACUAUGGAGUUUAGAUAGUGAAGAACCAUUAGCCGAUAUUGAAGGGCAUUCACCGUAUAGAGUAUCACGUUUAGCAUUUCAUCCAUCUGGACGUUUUUUAGCUACUACAUGCUUUGAUCAUUCAUGGCGUUUAUGGGAUUUAGAAGUAUGUGAAGAAAUAUUACAUCAAGAAGGCCAUUCAAAACCAGUUUAUGAUAUUGUUUUUCAUCCAGAUGGUUCUUUAGCUUUAACUACUGGAUUAGAUGGUUAUGCACGUAUAUGGGAUUUACGAACUGGACGAUGUAUUAUGUUUUUAGAAGGUCAUCUUGAAGAGCUAUUAGGUGCUGAUAUAGCUGAUAAUGGUUAUCAUGCAGCUACUUCAAGUGCAGAUAAUACAGUACGUAUUUGGGAUUUACGUCAACAACAAGCAAUCUACGUUAUAGCUGCGCAUACAAGUGUUGUAAGCAGUGUACGAUUUGAAUCUCGUAACUGCAACUACCUUGUUACCAGUUCAUUUGACAAGACAACUAAACUAUGGGGUCAUCCUAUUUGGGCGCCUAUUAAAACACUUGAAGGACAUAACAGUAAAGUUGUUUAUGCAGAUAUUUCACCGGAUAAUAAAUACAUUGCAACCUGUUCUCAUGAUUUAACCUACAAGUUAUGGAGUCGAGAAAUAGACUAG